AUGUUAGAAAAAUCAAAUUAUUUAUCAUUGAAUCUUUUUGCUCAAAUUGAACAAUGGAAAAAAGCAACAAUCAAUAAAAUAGAAAACGUAGCAGAAAGAACUCAUCAUGAACUUAUCGAACUAAUUGAUAAACAAAGAAUGAAAAUAACAAAACAACUUGAAUCAAUUACAAAAGAUAUUCGUUCCUGUCAAGAAGAAGAAAUUUUUCUUGAAAAUGAUAUUGAUCGAUUGAAACAACAGAUCAAUGAAAUUCAACAAAAACUUGAACAAUUUAUUCGAAAACAUACAAAUAUAACACCAUUACUACGCAGUGCAAAUCUGAGUGCUAAUGCAAAAUGGAUACGAAAUGGUGUCACUGUAGCUGGAGGAAAUGAAGGAGGCGAUGAAAUGAGUCAACUCUACUAUCCGUGGGGUCUGUGUGUUGAUGAUGAUCAAACUAUCUACAUUUCUGACCAUAACAAUCAUCGUAUUGUGCAAUGGAAAUGUGGUGCUACAACCGGUCGAAUUGUAGCUGGUGGAAAUGGACAAGGAAAUCGUUCUGAUCAGUUAAACGGUCCGUAUGAUAUCAUGAUCGAUAAAGAAGGAAAUAGUCUUAUUAUUUGUGAUUAUGGCAACAAAAGAGUAGUUCGAUGGCCUCGUCAAUUUGCUACAAAUGGAGAAACGAUCAUCUCAGAUGUUGCAUGUAUUGGUUUGACAAUAGAUGAUGAUGGGUUUCUCUAUAUUGUUGAUAACGAUAAACAUGAAGUUAGAAGAUAUCAAACAGGAGAAAGUCAAGGAACAGUAGUUGCAGGUGGAAAUGGACCAGGAAAUGGACUCGAUCAGUUGAAUUGUCCGAGAUACGUAUUCGUCGAUCGAGAUCAUACAGUCUACGUAUCGGAUAUGAUAAAUCAUCGUGUGAUGAAGUGGAUAGAAGGUUCAAAACAAGGCAUUGUUGUAGCUGGCGGUCAAGGUCAAGGAAAUAAACUGACACAGCUAUCAAAUCCUUAUGGAAUUGUUGUGGAUCAAUCAAGUAGCGUGUAUAUAGCUGAUUAUUCGAAUCAUCGAAUAAUGCGUUGGACUCAAGAAGCUACACAAGGAAAUAUCAUGAUUGGUGGAAAUGGUUCUGGAAAUCAAUCGAAUCAAAUCUUUGGUCCCAUCGGUCUAUCAUUUGAUCAAGAGGGCAAUCUCUACGUGAGUGAUAAUGGAAACCAUCGAGUACAAAAAUUUAACAUUGAUCGACAUUGA